UCUCGCUCUCUCUUUUUGAGAAUUAUGGCCACAUCAUUAAAUAGAACUGAGAAGGAAGGAGCUGCCAUGUUGUCCUUGACAGGAAGAUUCCCAGCUGCCGUUGGUGAUAUGAACACGCAAAAGAAGCGUGUCUUGCAAUACCUUCGUUCCCAGACAUCCUUACUGGACAAGUAUGUUUUAAUGGCCCGCCUGCGAGCGACACAUAUGCACCUUUUUUACAAGAUCGUCGUUGAAGAAUUGCAGGAAAUGGCACCCAUAAUCUAUACACCAACGGUAGGAACUGCCUGCCUUGAGUAUUCUAACAUUUACCCAUUCCUUUCACCUCCCGGAGUCCCUGACGGACUCUUCCUGUCGGGCAUGGAUGAUUAUGAGACUUUGUGUGACACCAUUCGCAACUACAACUCCUCCUCCGCCGGUUCCCCAGAGAUUGCCGUCAUUUCUGACGGCUCACGCAUUCUCGGCAUUGGCGAUUUGUCAUGUAAUGGCAUGGGCAUCCCCAUUGGCAAGUUACAGCUGUAUGUUGCCGGUGCCGGUAUAGACCCUCGCCGUACUUUACCUAUAUUGUUGGACUUGGGCACCAACAAUGAACGUCUCCGGACCGAUCCGUUCUACAUUGGACAAAGAAAGCCGCGACCCGAGGAUAACGAGUUUUACGAAACCGUUGGCCGCGUGCUCAAGGCACUAAAAACAGUAUAUCCCAGUCUUCUUAUCCAAUUUGAGGACUGGAGUUCGGAACAUGCUUUCGGGUUGCUGGAAAAAUAUCAGAAUCAGUUGUUGUGCUUCAAUGAUGAUAUCCAGGGUACUGGUGCAGUGAUUCUGUCAGGUAUCAUUAAUGCUAUCACACUCGCUCAUACCGAAUCUGGCGUGUCGCCUGAUAUUCAUCGUAUUAUCUUUUAUGGUGCUGGAUCGGCUGCCAUUGGUGUGGCUCGUCAAAUUCAAAGCUAUUUCCAGAUCGACUGUGGUAUGACUGAAGAGCAGGCUCGUCGUCAUUUCUGGAUCGUCGAUAGCAAGGGUCUGGUUACUUUGGAUCGUGGUGAUAAACUUCCUCAGCACAAGGUCUAUUACGCGCGCAAUGAUAACGGUGGUCAACAGUACAAGAGUCUUUUGGAUAUUGUCAACUACAUCCGUCCCACUGUAUUGAUUGGUCUCUCAUCCACACCUGGCGCCUUUAACACCCAAAUUUUAAACCGAAUGGCCGAACUAAAUGCAAGACCCAUUGUGUUCCCACUCUCAAAUCCAUCUACCAAAGCAGAAUGCACGUUUGCCGAGGCCAUGCUUGCGACAGAUAACAGAGUCAUCUUUGCUUCUGGCACAGCCUUUCCCGCAUACGCUAUCCCAGAGACUCAAACCACAUGCUACCCAGCCCAAGGCAAUAACAUGUACAUUUUCCCUGGUCUCGGUUUGGGUGCCGUGCUGGCGCAGCCCAAAGCGAUUUCCGAUAUAAUGAUAUACAAGGCUGCCAAGGCUUUGGCAGCUUCAUUAACAGUUCAGGAACGAAAACAAGGCUGGCUGUAUCCAUCCCUCGAUAGAAUCCGUCAAGUCUCUGCUAUCAUAGCAGAGGCUGUGUGCUGUGAAUCAAUUGAAGAAGGCUCGGCAACGAAUGAAGUCAAGGAUGCAUUUGCAAAGGGUCAAUUGCUUUCUUAUAUAGAAGAUCACAUGUGGUCACCCGAGCCCAAAUUGCUCAAGAAUAAAAUUUAG